CUUCGGCGGCCUCGGCCGCAGGAUGAGGACGAGUACGAUGCGGACUUUGUGGUGGAUGACGAGGAGGAGGAUGGGCAGGACUGGCGGAAAUUCCUGCGGAGAACGACCGGUUACGACCCGAGUCGCUAUCGUGAUGAGAACUUUGAUGACCGUACGAUGGAGGCCUCCUGGCGUCAGGUGGUGGCGGAGGAGAAGCGCAGCGAGCGCAUGGGUCGUUUGGAGGAUGACAUGGCGGAGCAGGAGGAGGAGCGGCGGCGCAAUGAGAAGAUCAGAAAGAUGAAGGCGCUUAAGAAGCAGCGGAUCGAUUAAGGGUGCUGAAUUGCUUGUGGACCGCUUGUGGAAAGGGUGCCAUGCCUCCAGCAGGGCAGUGGAUCGAUGUGGGAAGACAGGAGCGCGGAAGGGUGGCGCUUGAAUGAGCAUGCCCCCAUGUAGUGCAGCAAAACUGCAUCAGGAGCAUGCGGACCUGCCAACAGUGCUGGCUUGUAUUGCGCCGGCUGGAUGGGCUGGGUUGAACUGCACGCAGAUAGGUGGUUAAAUAAGUUAAAUAAGUGAGAC